CUAGGACUAAAGGCGUGCGCCACCACACCCACCCGGCUUGUAAGUGGCAUUCUGAGGACAACUUAAAAGAGUCGGUCAGUCAGUCCUCUCCUUCCACCAUGUAGGCUCUGGCUGUCAAACUUGGUGGAAAGAGCUUUACCCCCUGAGCCAUCUCACCAGCUCAGCAUUCUCUUCUGUUUGUUUUCCAUUUUUAUGUUUGUGUGCGCAUGCGUGUGGCACCUGUGUGGUUGUAAGUAGAGGCCAGAUGCUGACGUUAGCUGCCUUCGAUCACCCUCCACCUUACCUUUUGAGACAAGGUCUCUCUCUGAACCUGAAGCUCAUUCAUUCAGCUGGGUUGGCUGGCGAGUGCCAGUCCCAGGACACAUGCCACCAUGCUGAGCUGUUCACGUGGGUGCCGGGGGUCUGAACUCAAACUUGCACGGCAAGCCCUGUACCAGUUUCUUAGCUCCUGGUUAUUUGUGGUUUUCUCUUUCAGACAGGACCUCAGGUAACCCUGGCUGGCCUUGAACUCCUGAUCUCCUUGCCUCCACCCCCCAAGUGAGAUUAUAAGCAUGUGCUAUACUGCACCUGGCUUGCUAUUUGGGACAGGGUCUUCUUAGAUCACUGAGGCUGGCCCCCUCACCUUGAAAUGCUCCCGCCUCACCUCCCAAGCAGUGUAAAGUAGGAUUCUUGCAUUGGGUUUCUUGGCAUCUCGACUGUGUAGAAAUGUGGGCAAGCUCAGAGCUCCAGUCUCCUCCUCUGUGGAAAGAAGUCAUUUCCACAAAUAGCAAGAACAAAAAUACCAAGCCCGUAAGAACACAGGGUGACAUUUGGGACUUGGAGGAAAUAAAGGAAUAGAUGUCUGUGGUAAGGUGUGCUCUAGGCAGCUGUGCACAGGUCCUGAGGCAGAAGGAACCCAGUUGUUAGAGAGGCACUGAGGCUAGCAGGGCUGAAAGCAGGAUGAGUGAGGUGAGGCGAGGCAGAGUCCUGUGUUGUCCUGCGUGGGCUGUCAUGAGCCUUUGCAACAACCUUGACUCUGACCCGAGAAACCUGGGAAUGAAUGGGCUGGAUUGGGCUGAGAUGGCCAAGAUAUGAGGUGAGUCCCAAGGUGGGAAGCAGCCCCUGAGACAUUCCAGGCAAGAUGCGUGACUUAGAGCAGGGUGGGACUACUGAGGCAGCAGCAGAGGUCAGAUGCAGGAAACACUCCUGAAGCCUAGUGUAGGAUUCAGUGUCCGUGACGCCUACAGAUUACUCAGAAGGGUUUACCCUGUGCCCCCGGGACACGAGACCACACAGCGCAUCAGAAUCAGGAUUCCACAAGAUUUUCUUCCCUGUGGGUAAACUGAGGCUGAGCUUCAGCUCAGGGAUAAGCCAGCUGCAUCUGGAAACCCCAUCUGGCCAGAGCUAGAUGGCGUCCUCGAGUUUCCUGCUUCUCAUCCAGCAGAGGGCGCCAUUUCCCCACAGAAGGCCAGAGUGCAAGCUGUUGUGUAUGGAGAACCUACCUGGGUCCAGCCUCAAGCCCAGAUCAGCCUAAGCAAAUUGCAGUGAAGACACCCCGAGGAGACAGAGACCCGACCUUGAGGGGCUGGGCUUCUGCAUUGACCAUUGUGUGAGAGUGAGCAUUCCAGAAUCCUGGGAGGCAGGUGUGCUUUGGCUGUUCUGGGGUACAAUCAACCCGGCAGCCUUGGAGCAGGUGAGACCUUCCUGCCCUACUACACUGGCCGGGCCAUUGACAGCAUUGUGAUCCAGAAAAGCAUGGAUCAGUUCACCACAGCCGUUGUCGUCGUUUGCCUGCUGGCCAUCGGCAGCUCAUUGGCCGCAGGUAUUCGGGGCGGUAUUUUCACCCUCGUAUUUGCCAGACUGAACAUUCGCCUCCGGAACUGUCUCUUCCGCUCACUGGUGUCACAGGAGACAAGCUUCUUUGAUGAGAACCGCACAGGGGACCUCAUCUCCCGCCUCACCUCUGAUACCACCAUGGUCAGCGACCUGGUCUCCCAGAACAUCAACAUCUUCCUGAGGAACACGGUCAAAGUCACGGGCGUGGUGGUCUUCAUGUUCAGCCUCUCCUGGCAGCUUUCCCUGGUCACCUUCAUGGGCUUCCCUAUCAUCAUGAUGGUGUCCAACAUCUACGGCAAGUACUACAAGAGGCUCUCCAAGGAGGUCCAGAGCGCCCUGGCCAGAGCCAGCACCACAGCCGAGGAAACCAUCAGCGCGAUGAAGACGGUGCGCAGCUUUGCCAACGAGGAGGAGGAGGCCGAGGUGUUCCUGCGGAAGCUUCAGCAGGUGUACAAGCUCAACAGGAAGGAAGCAGCGGCCUACAUGUCCUACGUCUGGGGCAGCGGGCUCACACUCCUGGUGGUCCAGGUCAGUAUUCUCUACUACGGGGGCCACCUAGUCAUCUCGGGGCAGAUGAGCAGCGGCAACCUCAUCGCCUUCAUCAUCUACGAAUUUGUCCUGGGAGACUGCAUGGAGUCCGUGGGCUCCGUCUACAGUGGCCUGAUGCAGGGAGUGGGGGCCGCCGAGAAGGUGUUCGAGUUCAUCGACCGGCAGCCCACCAUGGUGCAUGACGGAAGCUUGGCCCCCGACCACCUCGAGGGCAGGGUGGACUUUGAGAAUGUGACCUUCACCUACCGCACUCGGCCCCACACACAGGUCCUACAGAAUGUCUCCUUCAGCCUGUCCCCCGGCAAGGUGACAGCUCUGGUGGGGCCGUCGGGCAGCGGGAAGAGCUCGUGUGUGAACAUCCUGGAGAACUUCUACCCUCUGCAGGGCGGCCGUGUAUUGUUGGAUGGCAAGCCCAUUGGCGCCUAUGACCACAAGUACCUGCAUCGUGUGAUCUCACUGGUGAGCCAGGAGCCCGUGCUGUUCGCCCGCUCCAUCACAGACAACAUCUCCUACGGCCUGCCUACCGUGCCCUUCGAGAUGGUGGUGGAGGCUGCACAGAAGGCCAAUGCCCAUGGCUUCAUCAUGGAACUGCAGGACGGGUACAGCACAGAGACCGGGGAGAAGGGAGCCCAGCUGUCAGGUGGGCAGAAGCAGCGGGUGGCCAUGGCCCGAGCACUUGUGCGGAACCCACCUGUGCUUAUCCUGGACGAAGCCACCAGUGCCCUGGAUGCCGAGAGCGAAUACCUGAUUCAGCAGGCCAUCCACGGCAACCUGCAGAGACACACGGUGCUCAUCAUUGCACACCGGCUGAGCACCGUGGAGCGGGCACACCUCAUCGUGGUGCUGGACAAGGGCCGGGUGGUACAGCAGGGCACACACCAGCAGCUGUUGGCACAGGGCGGCCUCUAUGCCAAGCUGGUGCAGCGUCAGAUGUUGGGGCUCGAGCACCCCUUGGACUACACAGCCAGCCACAAGGAGCCACCCAGCAACACUGAACACAAGGCCUGACAGUGGCCCCCAGGCUGAAGCACUGGAGGCGACCUGCCAAGUCCCACUCCUGCUUCCUGCAUCUUGCCUCCUUCCACUUGCUCCCCAGGCACCCGCCAGCUGCCAUGGGCUUACCCCCUUCUACUGUGUCCUUCUUGGCUCCUCCAGGCCUGCCAAGGUAGAGCAGCCUUUUUAAACCAAGCUACCAGGGUUUUUACUGCUCAGUUCAACGCACUCCAGUCAACUCUGAGAUUUCAAAAAGAACCUUUUUGGGACUGGCAGUGAGCAAGCUCACUAAGAUGUUUCCAAGACUUCUGAGCCAAGAGUGCAGGACCCUUUCUGACUGCCUGGAGGAUGUCUGGGAGAGAACUAAGCACCACCCUUUGCCUCUCGGGAGAAGCAGCCUCCCUGUCCCCUAGGGGGACACAAGGGUUGGCCUUUCCAUCCUUCCAGUCUCCCGGCUCUGUGAGUCAGGCCAGAGGUGGGGCAAGAGAGUGGGAGGUGGCCCACUGCCCAUCACCCCCCUGCCACUCAAAGCCAGUCUCACUGUGAACCACUGGGACCUCAGCAGAGGAGGGGCUGGCCGGGCCUGGUGGGCCUCGGGGUGCCCUCAGCCCCGCACCCAGCACUUGAACCCUUCACCCUCUCCCCUGGCUGGCACCUUCCCUCCUGUCCACCCCUGCAACUCUGCGGAGGAACCUGUCGUUUGUAAGAUGUAUUCUCAGAUUGGUGGAGGGGGACCAAGGCAAUGCCCAGGGUCUGGCUUUGUCCUGGUUUCAAGAUUUUGGGAGAACUGGGUCAAUAAAGUGUACUACCUCUGACCUCUA